AUGGGAUUCUCAAGCAAAUAUGAUGCAGCAACUCCCUUGGUUGCGGAGCUCUAUGCAAUUCGAGAAGGUCUCACUAUGGCCGUGGAUUAUGAUAUCCAGAAUAUAGAGCUGGAGACAGAUGCAGAAAUUUUGGUGAAGCUACUCAAGAAUCUCGAUGAUACUUACCACCAUGACCUAUCACCGGUUCUCAAUGAUGUUGCCUGUCUUAUGAGCAGAUUCAGGUCUAUAGAGUUUUGCCACAUUCCACGCAAUACAAAUAAGGUGGCUCACUGCUUUGCACAGUAUGCUUUCUGUAUGGAAGUUGGACACAAAAUGUUCCUAAACCCACCUCCUUUUGCUCGAGUUGCGUAUGAAGGUAACCUUGAAGGGUUGAAGACACUACCGGAUUUAAAUAAACUGGAGUUAUAUCUAGCUAUCAAAGAAGAAGCUUACAGGCGCACAAGGGGUUAUUGA